AUGAAAGUCAGGCUGUGGAAUUAUCACUUGAUGAAGUCUGAGUCCAAGAGCCUCCGAGACGUUCCGGUCAAGCACAUCACUCUGAACAUAGGUGAGAGAGGGCAUGAAGGGAGACAUGCCGAGCAAGCUAUCAGAUACACCCAUCAACUCAACGAACUCAGCAACUUACUAUCCGAUCGCAACCCCAGAGACUCAGAGAUCGACCAUGACGACGAUCCAGACAUGCCCGCAGGCCCGCCGCUCUCCGAGAUCACGGACAUCACAGCCACCGAUCCAAUAGCUAUUCUCAAGUUCAGCCAGGAGGCUCUCAAUGUUUGGGCCUUCCCCAAGAAGCGUAAGGGUAUCACCAGCACGGAACAAGGCGCUCGCAUCAUCAAUGCUUUCAAGGGUCUCAUGGUCCGGAGAAGCUACGCAUCCACACUGAACGGAAGAAGACUCGACAAAGAUCUGCCAAGCGUCCAACGCAUGGUGUUCGAAUGCGAGUAUAGCCCUCAGGAACGUCAACAAUACGACGCAGCGUAUGCGGAUAGUUCGUCUGUUCUCUUUCGCAAGAGCGGAUCCGCUGUCACCUGGAGCACCACGACAUACCGAAAACUAUGCCUAUUAACGUCAUAG